UAAUACAUUUAAUAUUGAUCGUCAUUUUGUUGGUGAUUAUAAUGAGCUUAUUUCGAAAAAUAUGGCUACCGUUUUACGAAAAUCAUUAAUUUCGAAACGUAAAAAAAAUAUAACAGCAACAACUUUAACAACAAUAUCACCAUCAUCAUCAACAACAUUGGUCAAUGUGAUUGGUCGUUGUUUUGAACCAUAUGGUUGUUUUCGUAUAACCGAACCAUUUCGUACCAUAUACAGGCCAAUAAAUCUAAUACCUGAACCACCGAAUGCAAUUAAAAUUGCCUUUUAUCUUCGAACCAGAAAUAAUCCAACAUUAGCUGAACGUUUACCAUAUAGUCAUACAAAUGAAUUUCUUAUUUCAAAAUAUUUUCGACCAGAAUCUGAUUUAAAGAUAAUCAUACAUGGAUAUUUAGAGAGUAGUGAUGAAUAUUGGGUUAAUGAAAUGAGUAUGGCAUUAUUGAAUCAUGAUGAUCUUAAUGUUAUAUCAGUUGAUUGGAUGCUUGGUGCUUCACCACCAUAUAGUCAAGCAGUUGCCAAUACCAGAUUAGUUGGUGCAAUGAUUGCACAUUUGAUCAAAAUUAUUCAGAAAAGCUAUCCAAAUCAAUUUCCCAGCAAUCGAAUUCAUAUUAUUGGUCAUAGUCUUGGUGCACAUGUUGCCGGUUAUAUUGGUGAAAUUAUUACUAAUUUAGGUCAUAUUACAGGUCUCGAUCCAGCUGAACCAUAUUUUCAAUAUACAGAUCCAGCUGUACGGCUUGAUCCAAAUGAUGCUGAAUUUGUUGAUAUUAUACAUUCAGAUGUUGCAAGUAUUAUGUCCGGUGGUUUUGGUAUGAGUCAAUCAUGUGGUCAUGUUGAUUUUUAUCCAAAUGGUGGUAUUGAACAACCUGGUUGUAAAAGUCAAACAUCAAUAAAAAAUGUUGUCGAUUAUAUAAGUAAAGAGAAAAAUAUUUUUGAUGGUUAGUUUUACAAAAAUAUAUGUUAAACUUA